AUCAUAUACGCAAUCCAAAGGCAUAGAUCCAAACAAUUUUCAAUAAUUUUGAAUCGAAGCCAAUGGCGUCUCUUGCCACCGUCGCCGCCGUUCAAUCCGCCGCCACCGUAAACGGCCUCGCCGGAAGCUCCCUCGCCGGAACCAAGCUCUUCAUCAAGCCCUCUCGCCAAAGCUUCAGACCCAUAUCCACAAGCAGAGCCGGUGCUGUGGUGGCUAAGUAUGGGGACAAAAGUGUGUACUUUGACUUGGAAGAUUUGGGAAACACGACAGGUCAAUGGGACUUAUAUGGUUCUGAUGCUCCUUCUCCUUACAACCCUCUUCAGAGCAAGUUCUUCGAGACAUUUGCCGCUCCAUUCACAAAGAGAGGAUUGCUUCUCAAGUUCUUGAUUUUGGGCGGAGGCUCGAUGCUGGCUUAUGUCAGCGCUAACGCCACUGACGACGUUCUUCCCAUCAAGAAAGGCCCUCAAGAGAAGCCUAAGCUCGGUCCCCGUGGCAAGCUCUAAACCCUCUCUCUCUCUCUCUAUAUAUAUAUAUGUAUUCACCAUGUAAUGUAUGGAUUUCUUCUUCUAUUUCUGGGAUGUAUUGCUUUGGAACAUCUGUUCUUGAAACUUCUGAAUAGUGCAAUAGCCCUUUAUGUA